AUGUCAAAGUUGUCAAAACUGUCAUGACAGCAAAGCUAUGUUUUGAUUCGUAAUUAAUUUCAGUAUUUAGUGAAAAUUCGUCUGUUUCUGAUAUAACUGUGUGCUUAAAUUUUAUCCACAAUGUCUACUGAUUUAAAUGCGAGUUUCAAUGAGCAGUUCAUGAACAUAAACACUAAAUUAAAAAAGCGUUUCCUAAGGAAGCCGAAUAUUUCUGAAGCUACCAACGAGUUCAUAGCGCUAGCUAUCCAAUGCGAGUACUCCGAGCAACCUACAUUUGCUGGACAUUGCUAUAUUGGGGCAGCCAAGUGCGAAGCGUCUGUUGGCAAUUUUUUGGGCGAAGCGGAGUAUCUUGUGACUGCAGCGAGACAUUUUAUGAAGGCGGAGAAAAAAUUACGUUCAUUAAAGUUUUGUAGUCCUGAUAGAGAAAAUCUAGAGGCAGCCAUUGGAUGCUUCACCCAAGCCCUGACCAAGUAUCCAGAAAGGUCCUCCAUCCGCCUGUCCCUACUGAGUGAGCUGGCCGCUGACCUUGUGAUGUUGAACCUUAAGUGUGAAGCGGUAUCUUACUAUGAACAAGCACUGGCUUUAGUACAAGAUCCAACCAUGAGGAUCAUGUUUGUGAAGAAUUAUAUUAAUCUCCUUAUUGACUGUGGAAAAUAUGAUAUAGCCUUAGAAAAAGCAAAUGAACUGGUAGACUCCAAUGUUAAUCUGCCAGAGGAUGUUCUUGCAGAAAUCCAACUAAGCCGAAUACUCCUUUCCCUUUAUAUGGACCCAAAAGGUGAUGCAAAGGUGGAAUCCCUAAAACAACUAUUCAAUGGUAUACUUAAUGAUGCUGACAGUGAUGCAAUACCAUUCAACGUGGACCUACAGCUUAAACUCCAGUCGGCCAUCUUGUCUCACGUGACCCGCGACGCACAGGCUCUAGCGCGCGCCGCCUGCGAGCUACGCCCCGCGCUCACGCCCGCGCAGCAGGACCUGCUCACGCUUGUCGCUACGACCAUGAAGUGAACAAUAAACUCUAUGUGUUAAGAUAUAAGGCUGUUUUUGGUUAAGCUUUAUCGCAUUUAUGGCAGCAAUCGUCUCCGAGAUGUGUACGAUUUUUCGUUCUUCACAAGACUUACGUGUCACGCUCGUGCAGCAUUACCCGUGAGCGCAUGCCGCGCGUGAAACGGAAAGUGAAGUGAACAAAAAAUAAACUCUGUUUCGUACCUAUUAAGGUUGUUUUUGGUACUUUAUUGGUACUACAUAUACAGCAGAAGUCGGCUCCGAGUUACUCACGCAUGUGGACAACAACGCUCGUGACGCAUGAAGUGAACAAGAAAUGAACUAUAUGUUGUAUAAUAUAAGGCUAGAUUUGGUAAAGCAUAAUCGCAUAUGAAGCAGAAAUCAUAAUAUAUAUUAUGUUACAAACAAUCCAAUUGUUUUAUUUCCUUAACAUUUAAAACGAUUCUGAGUGGUUUUAGGACCUUGAGUAGUUUUUCUGUUGGGGUUGGAUGCCUGCGGAUCCUUCCAUAAAUCUUUGUGUACUACUUCUAGAACUUUGCUGCUAAUCUUCUCAAGCCCUGUGAUUGCCUUGAACAAUUCCUCAGCACUCCUCACUGAGACUCCUCUGCUUUUGAAAAACUGGAAAAAAUG